GCUUUUGUCUUGAGAGGGGCGGGGGAGGUGCUCAAUGCAAAAGUUGCAGCCGGGGCUUCCGCAGUGGAAACUUUUUGCUCACCAAUUCCUGGGGAGGGAGAAGACCCGGGUGGACCAGUUGCGGGUGUACACAGAGGAAGUCUCCCCACCUUGGAGCUCCCACCCCCUGAAGGACCACAGUCUGACCCAAGGAGAGACCCUGGAGUUAGAGAGAAUGGCCCCCGGGAUCCAGAGGCCCCCAUCCCAGGGGUCAAUAACAUUCAAGGAUGUGGCUAUGGACUUCACCCAGGAGGAGUGGUGCCUGUUGGACCCUUCUCAGAAAGAGCUGUACAGGGAAGUCAUGCUGGAAAAUGUGCAAAAUCUACUCUUUGUGGGUAAGGACCAUUUCCUCCAUUAACUCUGAAUCUGCCAUUAAGGGAAUGUCUUCAUUCCAUGCCAAAAGUAUAGCAUUUGAAGCCUUUAUCAAUGAUUAAAAAAGCAAAAUUGCUGAUCUCUGCAUAGGGUUCUCCUGCCUAGUUUUAUUAAAAAAAAAAAAAAAAAAAAAAAAAGCUUUGAAUUCCAUGAUGGGAAGCUGGGACUUUCCUCUCUUGCUCCUGAAAUUGUCUCUCUUCUAUUUUAGGUAGCUUCAAAUGAAAACUUAAAACAGUGUUACAGAUUUACAUUCCUGAAGUUAAUCACAAAGGUCAGCUAGUUCACCUUCUAAUUAGACCUGAUUUUUGUUUGCAAAUUAUCUGUUAAUACCAAGGCAGAUUUUCCUUGCAGAUGGCCAUUGAAGGGAACGCUCUACCUGCCAAGGCAGCCCCUUCCCAUGUGAGAUGAAGAGUAUUUAGAAAGGAUUUUUUGUUAAGAAGUAUUAAUGGGGGAGGCAGUGCCAAAAAGGUAGGAGAGCAUAAGCCAAAGCUGGAACUACCCUGAGAAUCUUAAAGGUAAUUUAAAAGAGUGCCUCUAGAAUUCUAGAGUCACAGAAUGAAGAAGGGUCAGAGUUAGAUGAGGCUCCUGAGGAAAACAACUUGAAAGGUAGUCAGAAAGGGUCUAUUUCUGAGGACAAAGAGGAAUUGGAUGUAAAAUUGGGCAAAGGGGAGUGCAGAAAAUCCACUCCCUACAUACUGCCCCAUAUCCCAUACCUAGGCAGAGGGCAACUUCA